AUGUCUAAAGUUCUUGAUUUCACUGGCGACAAGGGAUUUUACCCCGGAGGGUUUCUUUACCAAAACCCUAAGGAGGCUCUGUUACUGUCUCUCGGGAGGCAUGUCGACGUGUAUUUCUCUCCUCGCAAGAGGUCCCGUGUCAGUGCACCCGUUUUCUUUACCGAAGAACCCAAAAGCCAGCCAUCGAUCGAGAUUCUUCCCGACGAGUGCCUGUUUGAGAUUUUCAGGCGGCUUCCGAGCUGCCAAGAGAGAAGUGCAUGCGCUAACGUGUCUAAGCGUUGGCUCAUGCUUUUGAGUACCAUCUGCCGAGAAGAAAUAUUCACAACGGCUCAGAAGUCCACUGAGCCUAAUGAAACAGAGACCGAAUCGGACGGCUUUCUAACGAGAUGCUUGGAAGGAAAGAAGGCCAGUGACGUGCGAUUGGCCGCUAUUUCUGUUGGGACCACCGGCCGCGGUGGGUUAGGAAAGCUCUUGAUCCGGGGGAAUAGUUCCACUGUUAGACUUACUGAUUGUGGUCUGAAGACUGUGUCAUGUGGAUGCCCUUCUUUGAAAGUUCUCUCCCUAUGGAAUUUAUCCUCCGUGGGCGAUGAAGGUCUGUCUGCAAUUGCAACUGGCUGCCAUUCACUCGAGAAGCUCGACCUCAGCCAUUGCUCAGCCGUAACAGAUAAAGGCCUGAUUUCAAUUGCUAGGAACUGCCCGAAUUUGAAGUCCGUUAUGCUCGAAUCUUGCGCAAACAUUGGUAAUGCCAGCUUGAAAGCUCUUGGUCAAAGCUGCCCUAAUCUGAAAUCCAUUACCCUGAAAAACUGCCCGCUCGUUGGCGAUCAGGGUGUCGUGAGUUUGUUUACCUCGGCUGGUAACGUGCUCACAAAGGUGAAUUUGACGUCACUUAACAUAAGUGAUGUCUCUCUUGCUGUGGUGGGCCAUUAUGGGUCUGCUUUGACUGAUCUGGCACUUGGAGAUCUACGACACGUGAGCGAGAGGGGCUUCUGGAUGAUGGGUAAGGGCCAAGGUCUUCAAAAGCUGAAAUCUUUUUCCGUAACUUCCUGCCCGGGAGUUUCUGAUAAGGGGUUCAGCGCAAUCGGUCAAGGCUGCCCAAAUUUGAAGACGGUCUCCCUUCGGAAGUGCCCGCUCGUGUCAGACAAUGGGAUGGUGGCCUUUGCGAACGCUGCUGGCUCGCUCGAGAGUAUUAAGCUGGAGGAGAUUCACAGGGUCUCGCAAGUAGGUGUUUUUGGUGUGCUCGUAAACAACAAUGGGAAACUAAAGGCGUUUGCUUUGGUCAAUUGCAUGGGGGUUAAAGAUGUGCCCGUCCGAUUCACGGUGACUGUGUUCUGCAAUUCUCUCAGAUCGUUAGUUAUUCGCAACUGCCCUGGUGUGGGAAAUUUCGGAUUGGGCGUUUUGGGUCAGCUUUGCCCCAAUUUGACCCAUGUGGAACUCACGGGCCUCAAGGGAAUAACUGAUUCGGGAGUUUACCCACUUUUUCAAAGUUCAGAAGCUUGUGUGGUAAAAGCAGUUCUAAGCAGGUGCGUGAACUUGACUGAUAACAUUGUCUCUCAAAUAACCAAGAUUCAUGGGGCGACUUUGGAGGUUCUAAAUCUCGACGGUUGCAAGAAUGUAAGUGAUUUGAGUUUAAUGGAAGUCGCGGAAAAUUGCUCUGUACUGUCUGAAUUAGAUGUUUCGCAUUGUGGAAUAACGGAUAACGGGAUAGGAUUCUUGGCUGGGGCCAAACAGCUCAGUAUUCAGAUAUUGUCUCUUGCGGGUUGCUCGUCAGUGUCUGUGAAGAGCUUGCCUUCUUUAGGAAAGCUGGGUAAGACCCUGUUUGGGUUGAACAUUCAGCAUUGUUCGGGAAUAAGCUCCAGUGGCGUUAAUCUGCUUAUCGAACAGCUUUGGAGGUGCGACAUACUCUCUUAA